UGGCUGCGCUCGGGAUAGUUGGGAGAGCCGGAAGUGCAGCUCCCUGCGUGAACGUCCGCGAGCCUCCAUCAGAGUGACCGGGGCUCGAGACUUCCGUCCGUCCGCCAGGUGAUCUCACGUCAGUGUCCGCAGGCCCAGCAGCUCGUGCUCGCGUGUCGCAGUAAAAAUGUGGAAGGCAGCAGCAGGACAGUCCGUCAACGUGACUAUAAACGACGAAGGAGACGACUGGGAGACUGACCCAGACUUUGAGAAUGACGUGUCGGAGAAGGAGCAGCGCUGGGGGGCAAAGACGGUGUCUGGCUCUGGACAUCAGGAGCACAUCGACAUCCAUCGGCUGCGUGAGACGGUGAACACGGAGCACACCAGCCUGAAGCAGAAGGAGCUGGAGACCAUGCCCAAAGCCUCGCACGGAUAUGGAGGGAAGUUUGGAGUGCAGCAGGACCGCAUGGACAAGUCUGCUGUGGGUCACGACUACCAGAGCAAGCUGUCCAAGCACUGUUCCCAGACAGACACCUCCAAGGGCUUCGGAGGGAAGUUUGGAGUGCAGGCUGACCGCGUUGACCAGUCAGCUGUUGGGUUCGAGUACGCGGGGAAGACGGAGAAACACGCGUCUCAGAAAGACUACACCACUGGGUUUGGGGGGCGGUACGGCGUGCAGGCAGACCGCGUGGACCAGAGCGCGCUGGGCUUCGAUUACCAGGGCAAAACCGAGAAACACGAGUCCCAGAAAGAUUACGCCAAAGGAUUUGGCGGCAAAUUCGGUGUGGAGACUGACAAGGUGGACAAGAGCGCCGUGGGCUUUGAGUACCAGGGCAAGACGGAGAGGCACGAGUCGCAGAAAGACUACGUGAAGGGCUUCGGGGGAAAGUUCGGCGUGCAGACGGACAGACAGGACAAAUCGGCGCUGGGAUGGGAUCACCAGGAGAAACUACAGCUCCACGAGUCCCAGAAAGACUAUAAGCGUGGGUUUGGAGGGCGGUAUGGGGUGGAGGUGGAGAAGCAGGACCAGUGUGCCCUGGGCUAUGAGCACAAGGAGAGCCUGGCCAAGCACGAGUCCCAGAAAGAUUAUUCCAAAGGGUUUGGAGGGAAGUUUGGAGUCCAGAACGACCGCAUGGAUAAGAGUGCAGGGACUUUCGAUGAGGUGGAGAAACCGACUUCCUCGUACCAGAAAACCAAACCCGUGGAGGCCGCUGGCAGCAGCACAGGAAGCAUCAAGGCCCGCUUCGAGAACAUCGCCAAGCAGAAGGAGGAGGAGGACCGGAAGAAGGCCGAGGAGGAGCGAGCGCGUCGACAGGCCAAGGAGAAGCAGGAGCAGGAGGAGGCGCGCCGCAAAAUCGAAGAGGCGCCCAAGGCCCCCUCCCCCGUCCCUGCUGCGAGUCCAAGUCCCACCCCCAGCCCGACUCCACCUGUCCAGCCAGCUGCACCCCAGACACACCAGAACACGGAGGAAACGACCUACGAAACCGUCGCUGCCGAGGAGAACGGAGAGCCGCUGUACGAGCCGGAGCCUCAGAACCAGCCGGAGGAGCAGGACCUGUACCAGAACCCUGAGGAGACCGCAGCAGGAGACGCUCAGCAGUACGAGUACGGUGAGGAUCUCGGGGUGACGGCUGUGGCUCUGUACGACUACCAAGCAGCCGGAGACGACGAGAUAUCCUUCGACCCCGACGACAUCAUCACCAACAUCGAGAUGAUCGACGAGGGCUGGUGGCGAGGCGUGUGCAGAGGCGCCUACGGCCUUUUCCCAGCCAACUACGUGGAGGUUCGGCAGUGAUGACGCCAUGUGUCCCUGUCCUCGUGCAAAAAAAGAAAAGACAACCCGUUUCCUUUUCCACACUUUGGUCUCGUCUCUCUUCACCUCAUCUUAGUGCUUCGACACUGCGAGACGUCCUCAGGUCUCCUGAACCGGCUUUCCUUUGCUCCUUUUUCCAUCCCUCCUCUCCUCGGUCCAGAGUCACUCUGUUUCCCCUCGGUGCAGCCGACGACAGGAGGACGAGUUCUGAGAAUAUUUGAAAACAGGCCCGAAGCUUCAGGAUGCAGCUCCGAGGUCACUCCGGCCUCGCUGCUGCAUUUUGAAGUUUUCUUAAACUUUCUAGAUUCAGUGUUAGAGUUCAGCUUUGGAUUAAAUGUAUACUGAUGAUUCUAUUCUGUCCGAGACAUCGAGUGUCGACCAAAAAGCUGUUAACCUCGUCGCUUCUCAGUCCGUCUGCGUAAACUUUGCCGCGUUGCACGCAAGUUUGAAUCCUCGUCCUGAGUUUGAAGCUGCACUUUGUCGACUCUCGAAGGGAAACCGAGCUUCCUUUGGAGCUUCUGGACUUACAAAUCUCCUUUUUUCUGAACACUCACAUCAGCUGUGGGGUUGAUUUUUCUAUCUAUCAAUAAUCAGGUUUCCCCCUGUCACUGAUGUUCCAAUAGUUCAGAGUAAUGGGGCCAUAAAGACUUCAUCUGAACAGAAGCACUACAGCACAUAGUAUUAUUCAGUCUUCAUGCAGUGUAUUGAUCAUGAUCUACGACACUCUGAGAAAUCAGAGUUUUGUUUCCUGUCCUGGUGGUUUUCGUUUCUUUCGUUGGAUGUGUCCGUGUCUUGCUGCCGUGAACGCUUUUUUUUUUUUUACGUGUCGAUACGCACACGUGUGGUGACGACCUCUAACAUCACGUGACCAAACAGAGUGAGUGAGCUGUGUGUCGUUAAGGGAAGAGGCUUUCGGUGAUUCCUCCAAACACUAAUUAUUUCUACCAGACACUCGUCUGUGGAUCGCAGUAGCUUAAACAGGUGUGUGUGUGUGUGUGUGUGUGUGAGUGUGUGAGUGUGUGAGUGUGUGUGUGUGUGAGUGUGUGUGGGCUUCAUGAAAUUCUUCUUUGGGGUUUUAUAAUAAAAAGUGACCUUUUUAAAAGCAUCAUUUUUAUCUGUACUUCUGUCUGCUCAUCACAUCAUUACCUGCUUGUUCUUUUUUUUUAGUUUCAAUAAAUAAACUAUGAACAACGA